CUGCCCCCCCCCCCGAGGAGAAGGAAUUGGGGGGGUCGGAGAUGAAGAGGCAGAAGCGGCUCAUGGAUCCCCCGAAUAAAUCUCUCACUCCUUUUAGCAUCGCCGAUAUUCUCAAUAAAUGUCCCCCCCAGCAACUCCCACCGACCCCCCAGUCUUCUCCCCUCUCUGCCCUCCUGGAACUCACCAGCAAAACCUUCCAGGGACUCGACUUCUCUCUCCUGACACCAGGUCGGGAGACCCCCAGUUCCUUUGGACAUUGCAAUGGCUCCAAGAAGCGUAGAAAGUCCAGGACAGCUUUCACCAACCGCCAGAUAUAUGAGCUGGAAAAGAGGUUUCUGUACCAGAAGUAUUUGUCUCCUGUGGAUCGGGACCACAUUGCCCAACAGCUGGGUCUGAGCAAUGCCCAAGUCAUCACAUGGUUCCAGAACCGCAGAGCCAAGCUCAAGAGGGACCUGGAUGAAAUGAAGGCAGAUGUUGAAUCACUCAAGAAGUUGCCUCCUCACUCACAGGAGAAGUUGGUGUCUGUGCCUGUGCUGGGAGUUACUGGUGGAGACGGAGUCACUGGAAGGGGCUGCUGCCCAAAAUCAAGGGAUACUGUCUCUCAGCCACCCCAGUGCUGCUUACUGGAUCCCACUGGUGAUGAAUUUUCAGAUGAGGAGGAGAUUGAUGUGGAUGAUUAGAGGGAGUGGGGGAAAAAGCAAUGUACUUCUGCCCCUUUCUUCUAACAAGGUGGUCAGUGAGUGACACAGAGGGAUACCUAGUUCUAUUGUUUACCAAAUAUGACCCUACCAUAUUAAUCAGAAGGAGUCUCUCAGUAAAUCUGGGGGGCAAUUCAGGACAUGAGAACUAUUUGGGGGGGGCAACAAAAGGAACAGGCACCAGGUUUUUUUGAUUUAUAGAAAAACUGAACAGUGACAAUGCAUUACUCUCUUGUUACAUCCAAAAUAAAUUGACAUAUGGUUCUUCCUUGAUCUGUGGUCAACCCCUCUCCAUUUAUCAUACGUUAGUCAGCCCCAACCAUAUUCAUCUCUUACUUGAGUGCUCCAACUCUCCACUGUCCCAUAGUCUUCCCAGCCCAACCCAUCUCACACCAAUCUGCUCCAACUCUCCAUUGUCCCAUAAACUUCCCCAACCCAACUCAUCUCUCACCAAUCUGCUCCAACUCUCCAUUGUCCCAUAAACUUCCCCAACCCAACCCAUAGUCUUCUUCAACUCAUGUCUCACUAGUUUCCCCCAACUCUGCACUGUACAAGUCUCCCAUUUCAUUGGUCACCAGUAGGUCCCAAUGGCAAAACUACAACUGGCCAGGCCCUGCAACAAAAAAUCUUCAGGGAAGCCCGACAUGCACCUUCAACCAUGUGCCCCUGCCCCCUCCAACCCCUGUCAGCUCCUUGUCACUACUUGUGGUAGGCAGUAACCGUUAAGGCCCUGGUGAGGGCCGACUACCAUGCAGUAGACUUUGCAAUCCAGCCCCCUGCCCUAGGCACAAUCAACUCCCAACACUUCACAAUGCCUACAUUGCUCACAAGUUUGCCCCACAUCCUGGAGAUUUACCAAGCCACCUACCUGCUGGGCACCCAUCAACACUGGUUAUUAAGAAGUGUAGAGGAACUUUUGAUGCUCAGGUUUACCAGAACCCAACCAACAGAAUUAAUCAGUUCAGCCCAUUCUGUUCUGCCCUAAAGUGGUCUCUACAUCUUGGGGUUAUUCAUGGGGUCUCUGUGCUGAACAGCAUUAAGGGAGAGGGUGGGG